AUCGUUUCAUACUGAGAAUUUUUCUCGAGAACACCAAGCAUACCCUGCCAUCCACAGCUCACUCCAAAUCCAUUUGCUUCCUGCAACUUACUUCGCCUGUGAGAGCUCUCUUCUGUAUCUUUUACUUUCAUAAUCUAGACAAAGAGUGUCCAAUUUGAAGAAAGGCCACCGGUUGUUUAAUGCUGUAAAGGGGAGUUUAUUGCAUCAGCAGGCACAAAUGGUGCAAAGUCUGUCAUUAAGCACUAUAACAGUAUCUAGGAACUGUGGGGUUUAUGGUUCCAUACCAUCAUGGAGGAGGCAUUUCAAUUUAACAAGGAAAACCAGUAGAGCCUUUGGGAAUGAUAAGCAAAUCCAUCUGCAUCAAUUUGUUCCAAGUUUAUUCGUCACAGGUAACCACAAUGUAUUAAGAGGGAGAAAUUUAAAGGUUGAAGCAGGAUGGCUUUUCAACAAAGGGGGUAACCAGGAGUCAGAUGCAAGCUGUGAGCGCAGUGAAAAUGCUAAUGAGGAUAUCUUGAUUUUCUUUUUUCAGCUUGACUUAGCAACCCGAGUUCAGUAUGCCCUGAACAUGGAGCAAUAUGACAUUGCACAACAACUUAGGAACAAGCUUACUGAGGUGGAAGAAGAGGUUAUUCGACAACAGGAAGCAAAAAGAGGAUCUUCCUCAAAGAGUGAAGCUCAGGAUAAGGCUAUCAGUAUCAUUCGACUGCGUGCAGACCUGCAGAAUGCUAUUGAGAAUGAGAAUUAUGCUGCAGCAGCUCAAUUACGGGAUCAAAUUUCCAAAUUGGAGGCAGAGUCUUUAGCUGCAUCAGCAAAAGCUCUUGCAUUCGAAAGUGCACAGUAUGCAUUUCGCUUAGGACAAAAACUGACGCACAAGAAAUUUGGCUAUCGAGCCGUGGUUUGUGGAAUGGAUCCAACAUGCUCUGAGUCAAGUUCAUGGAUGGAAACUGCACAGGUAGAAAAGUUGUCUCAGGGUUCUAAUCAGCCAUUUUAUCAGGUAUUGGUUGAUGUACACGCAGAUCCUAAUCUAUUGGUGGCUUAUGUUGCUGAGGAAAAUUUAGUAGCCCCUGAAAAACCAGAUACGGGCAGGUUUGAUCAUCCCUACGUGUCAUUCUUAUUCUAUGGGGCAGAUACAGCAGGAGACUUUAUCCCAAUUAAGCAGCUUCGUGAAAAGUACAACAGGCCUCGUCAUGAAGUGCCAACUGAUUCACCAGAUGAGGACAGCUAAGGCAUCCUUUAAACAAUAAAUUGUUGGUUCCUUGCCCAUUUUUGCAGGAGAUUCGACCGAGCAAUGUGGCAGAAUUGCUAGAAUACUUUGUAUAUGAUGUACAUCAAAUAUGAAUCCCUUUUCUCUAUCCUUCUCAACAUCUCUUUCUUAAAGUUCUAAUUCCAUUGAAGGUUUUAUUGGGCAAUACUAGAUAAUUCUAAUGGUUAGCUACAUUUGGGAAGUAAUGUUUCGUGAUCGACCAUCUAAUUGCGGUCGAUAGCGUUUUGACUCAGGUCAGAACUUAAAUACUACUUUAAAAGCAGUUGACGAACAGAGCUAAAUAUUGAGAAACAACUUGGAGAGAUCA